AUGGUGAUGCACGUCUACUCUCCACCAUGCUCUACUAUCACUCCACGCGUCAUUGUCUGUAUCUCAUGCCACACACGCAAGCGCAAAGCUUCAGAUGACCAGCCCUGCGGCAGAUACGUCCAGGCUGGACUUGACUGCCAAUACUGCUCCUUAUCACCGAAGGGACGUGCCCGACCAGAUAUUGACCUAGCCCAUGCGCCGCGACUGCAGCUAUUUGCAUGGAAUGUCGGUCAACGGCCUGGCUUCGUGUCUGAGUCGGCCGCGGCAUCAGCAUCGGCGCUUAUUACACAGAUCGUCUCGCUAGAAGAAACGAGGCGACUUGCCUCCAUAUUCUUUGAAAAAGUCGAUCCAUGCUACAAAUUCUUCCGCCGGGAUUCAAUACUAGCUCCUAUCUACCAGAACUGGUCCAAAGAAGCCAUUAACCCUGCAGAACAGCUUCAUGACGCGGGUGGAUCUCGAGCAAUUCCCCACAGUGCCUUAAUCAACGUACCGACUGCAGGGAUUGAAUCAUUUCCCGAGCCAGACUUUUUGAACCUUCUCCCUCUUUCUGAAAGUCUUGACCCAACAGGGCCAUCACAACAAGAUCUCCCUCAAUUAGAACAAACACUAACAUCCGCCUUGGACCUAAUAUUCCACGAGUCAUCCCUGAUUCUAGUUCAGUGCAACUUGAUGCUAUGCAUCUUCCGCCGCGUCCGCACCCUCAAUGCACAUGCACUACUAUCCAGCCGACUUCCACACCGUGUAUUGUCCCUGGCAGAUUGUGGUCUUUGCGCCGCUCGCGUCAUGGUCGCAUCCGCCUGUCCCUUGCAGCAGACUGCCAAUGCCCCUUCCAGGUGGUCUAUACUUAUUGUCAAUUGA